AUGCCGAGCCAUAGAUGGACUCUCGAUGAGGAGCAGGCUGCUUUUGACAAGGAAGUAUCCGAAAUCAAAGCGUGGUGGGAAUCAAGCGACAAACAACGACAGUUGAAACGGCCAUAUGCUGCUGAACGCAUUGCUGCUCUACGCAGCAGUAUAAAGCAGAAGUAUCCCUCCAGUGACAUGGCUCUGAAGCUCUGGAGUCAGCUGGAAGAACAUGCACGGAACGGCACCUGCGAUUUGACUUUUGGCUGCACGGGGCCCCUUCAGGCAGGAGCCAUGGCAAAGAACCAACAGACCGCAUAUGUGUCUGGGGCACUCUGUGGUUACGACCAGGUCAGCCAGCCCGGAAUGGACCACGCAGAUUAUCCGUGGGAUACGGUCCCGGCGCAGGUGGCCAAGACGUUUCGUGCCCUGCAGUGGCAGGACCAGCGCCAGCGGCAGUUUCGAAUGCAAUACCCCAAGGACGAACGUGAAGGUCUGGAGAAUCUGGAUUUUCUGAUGCCGAUUGUUGCGGACGGUGACAUGGGCUUUGGUGGCCUGACGCACACGAUGAAGCUGGCUAGAGCUUUUGUGGAGUCUGGAGUAGCCAUGUUCCAUCUCGACGACUUAGCUAUAGGAACAAAGAAAUUCACUACCGGUGACCCUCGAACAGUCGUCCCGACCAGCGAAUAUCUGUCCCGCUUGACUGCGGCCAGGAUGCAAAUCGACAUUCUCGGGGCCGAGACCAUACUCAUGUGCCGUUGUGACACCGACCAUGCGGGAUUUAUCACCUCAGUUAUCGACGAGCGCGAUCAUGCUUGGGUUGUGGGAGUCACCAAGCAGGUCGAGCCACUCGCCACCGUCCUCGCGAGAGCUCUCAAGGAUGGCGCCGACUACAAGAAGGCGCAACAAGAUUGGAUUGCGUCUGCUGGACUGGCUACCUUCGACGAGGCUGUAGCCGCCCAUGCCGAUGCUUCUCCAGAAGGCGUAAAGUGUUACCAGGAAGCGAUCAAGGGCGCAGCUGAACCGCUUUCGAUUCAGGCACGUCGUAGUCUAGCGGAGCAACAUCUCGGGACGAAACCCUACUCAACACUCCACUUUGAUUGGGAUCUAGCACGCACACCAGACGGCUCCUACCGCUUUAAACCUACCGUGGAUGCAGUCAUCAUGCGAGCCCUCCUUGCUGCAGGGCUCGGCGAAGUGACGUGGGCACGCAUGGACUUCCCCAUUCCCUCCGACAUUGAUGCGUUCCAUCGGGGUGUGCGUGCGGUACAUCCGAAUCGGAAGUUUGGAUUUGGCUACACUGGCGGAUACGAUUGGCUGAAGAACGGCUGGAGUCCCGAGGAGGUCAGGGACUUUCCAUGGGAGACCUCCAAGAAGUACGGCAUUGUCUGGCACCUGCAGCCGAUUUGGGCAUUGCAAGGUCAGAGACGUGCCGUCCAGGACUUUGGGAAAAUGUUCCAAGAGGGCGGAAUCGCGGCAUACUUGAAGCACGUGCAAGCCAAGGAGCUCAAGACCACGUAUCCGGGAGUGAUCGAACGAGACACUGCUUCGAGUGCGCUCACCAAUGGCACUUUGCCUGACGAUGAUCUGGGCUAUGCCAGAUUCCGCUUCUCAGGAGCCUACCUGGCGGACGCACUCUUGGAGACCGCAACGAUGGGUAUCUUUGGUGAAGACCAAACCAAGUUGCUCAUGGGGCAGGGUCUGGUUAAAGGCCCCAAAGCAAAUAGGAUAGGAUAG